AUGGUUGAUAGAGUUACAGUUAGAGUAUAUUAUUUCGGUCAGAUUCUAUUAGAAACACCCGAAGGAGUGAGAUUUAGUUGUGAGAAGCCGUUAGAUAUUGUAAUCCCUUUCACAAUCUCAUUCGAGGAGCUAAAAGGUGUGAUUUGUGAGAAGAUAGGUUUUCAGAUAUCCAAGAAAAUAUCAUGUAUGGUAUAUAGAUAUCCCAUACCGGUAUUUGGUGGUUUCGUGCAGUAUCAAACCAAGUAUGUAACCGACGAAGCGAGUAUGCAGGAGAUGUUUUCAAUGUAUUUUGAAAGUCGCGGUCAGAUAUCGGUGAUAGAGUUGUACGUCGAAUUCGAACAAUCUGAAGUGGACCGGAAUAUUGAAGAGGAAGAAUAUGAUAGUGACAGUGAGGAAGAGUUUGAAAGCAAUUACGAAGCUGUUGCUCCAGAAGGAGAAGAAGAUCAAGGUGACGGGGUGGUGGGUCCAAAUGUGGAAGACGUUGCACAUGCACUUGCAAACGAGGAUCCCUUUGAGGAGCCGUCCUUCAUGCGGGUUCUGGACUUGGAAGCCAUGCAUGCGCCGGAGUUUCCGGAAUAUAUGAGUGCCGGGAGCAACGACGUAGUCUUUAAGUUAUUAAAUGUAUUUGCCUUAAAUUAUUUUGAUUUGGCUGUCGUUGUGGUAGAAAUUCCUAUGGUCGCAGAUGGUGAAUUUGCAAUCGGAAUGGAAUUCAGUUCUAGGGAAGCUGUAUUGAAGGCGGUGAAGGAUUAUACCAUCCGAAGAGGCGUAGACUACCGUGUGUAUGAGUCGGAGCCGUUGACCUUCUAUGCGAAGUGUACACAGUAUGGAUCAGGGUGUGAUUGGCUUAUCAGGGUUAGCAUGAUCAGCAGAAAGUAUUGUUGGGUUAUAAGGAGGUACAACGGUUCUCACACUUGUACUAGAGCCACUAUUUCUCAGGAUCAUUCGAAGCUGGAUUCGAACACAAUUGCGGAAGCAAUAAAGCCGUUGGUUGAGGCUGACCCGUCGAUAAAGGUGAAAUCAGUUAUUGCAGAAGUGCAGUCGAAGUUCAAUUACACCGUCAGCUAUCGGAAGGCAUGGCUGGCGAAACAAAAAGCAGUGGAAAAAAUAUUUGGCGGUUGGGAAGCAUCAUAUGAAGCUUUGCCUAUAUGGUUUCAGGCCAUGUGUAACAAGGAGCCAUCAGCAAUCGUCCAUUACGAGACUAUGUCUGCAUAUCAAGGUGAUGAGGAAGUAACUGAUAUCCGGGUAUUGCAUAGAGUCUUCUGGAGUUAUUACCCCUGCAUUAGAGCGUUCAGACACUGCAAGCCAGUUGUCCAGGUUGAUGGGACUCACUUGUACGGAAAGUAUAAGGGUUGUUUGUUGGUCGCUGUUUCACAGGAUGGGGAGACUUCUGAUGCAUGGCACUUUUUCCUUAGUAACCUGCGACAACAUGUUGUGACUAGGGAUGGGGUGGGACUGAUUUCUGACAGGCACGAAUCCAUCAAUGCAGCUAUUGCCCGGAGCAACGGAGCUUGGUCGCCCCCGAGAGCAUUCCACAUGUUUUGCAUCAGGCAUAUAGAGUCGAACUUCUUGAGAAAGUUCAAGGCACCGUACCUGCAAAAACUUGUGGUCAAUAUAGGUUAUUCGAGGACGGUGCGCGAGUACGAACAGCGCUACCAGCGUUUACGUGAACGGGGCGAGGCAUAUACCAACUGGCUGAACCGAAUCCCACGCGAACAGUACGCGUUGGCGUAUGACGGUGGCUACCGCUGGGGUCACAUGACGACAAACCUAGUGGAAUGCAUCAACUCCGUGUUGAAGGGGGCACGCAAUCUUCCUAUAACUGCACUUGUGAAAGCCACAUUCUACAGGCUUAACGAGUUGUUCACUAGAAAAAGAGCCGAGGCGGAGUCGCGGAUAACAGCUGGACAUGUUUUUUCUGAGGUUGUCACGUCGAAACUGAAUGCCAAUCAACUUGCAAGUUCUAACAUCCAGGUUAAUUGCUUCGAUAGGAUGAAUGAGGUCUUCGAGGUUCGUGAGAUGCCAGCUGGAACUGAGUAUGCCGUCGAUCUCCGUCAACAACGCUGUGACUGUGGUGAGUUUCAGGUGGAUCGGAUUCCCUGUCGACAUGUUUUUGCAUGUUGUGCGAAUCAGCGACUGGAUUGGCGAGUGUAUGUCCACGAAGUUUACAAGAUGGACCAAGAUCGGAGGGUUUACCGAGCUAGGUUUCGGCCACUAGGCAAUCCCACUAUGUGGCCUGUGUACAGCGGCCCUCGAUUUGUCCCGAAUCCGAACAUGAGACGGGCGAACAAAGGUCGCCCGAGGAUGACACGUUUCUUGAACGAAAUGGACACACGUAUGUUACGUGCUCCUAGGCGUUGUCGGCAAUGUGGAGCCGAGGGACACAGCCGAAGUAGAUGCCGUCGGUCAUCUGGUGUAGGUCCGAGUAACCCAGGAUAG